AUGGAGACUAGUCGCUGGCCAGAGGCCUUACCACCCUAUGAACCCUCUCCGGACUAUAGUCCGACAGACGAAAAGAAAGACCAAAUCCUUCUCGAGCCCGACUCUUCCGAGCCAGGCUUCGCCAAUUCAUCAACUCUCAGUCGCGGCCUACAAGUACCGUCCCGCAAUGCAGCCACAAGUUCCGGCUUCGCCUACCCAGAGGAGCUAUCUAGGCACGAAAUCUCUCAAGAAAGAUGGACAGAAUUCACAGCAGCGAUCUGUGAAGAAGCCAAACUCUCCCGCCAACAGUGGACCACUGUCAUCGGCAAAGGUCUAGGGACACUCGCGCUGGGAGGCGUGAUGAUCGGAAUUCUUGGUGCGAUACCUGCAGUCCUGGUCGCGAAGCACGCUAGGAGACGACAGGAACAGCGGAAUUUAAUCGCUUCGAUGGCUGGUGCUCGUGGUGAGCAGCUAUCAAGGCAUCUGGCGCAUUGGAAUGAGACAUUUUUCCGACCUAGAGGCGUACUCAUUCGCGUGGAUCUACCGGAUGAGUACCUGGAUGAUAUGGAUAUCAUGGAUCUGCACAGCGGGGGAUCGAAAAAGAGCGAAAAUCGUGCCAGGGAAGACGCAGCCCUUAAAGCCAGAAUUGUUAUUAUUCCCCUGGACAGAUCGGCUUCUGGGAGAUCAAGUAGCGACGAUGGAAGGAGUCAGUCGCGUUGA